AGGUAACAGAAAGCUCACUUCCUCUGGGAGCCUAGAGGAGACAGCAGGAUGGGCAGUGUGUGCCUGUGCUGAGGAUGGAGAAGAGAGUGUGUGUAAUCCAGACUGACUUUCACCAGUACAGACCCUUGACAGGAAUCCACAGCAAACAUCUUGCACAGAGUCCUCCGGAUAAAGCGGGAGAAGACACCACCUGUUUCUCACUCAGAAGGAGACGUUACACGGUGUGAGGUGGAGUAGCAGUGAGCUAACUUCAACAUCAAGAAAAUAAAACAGGGAGCAGUGAGCACUGAGAGAAGAAGCCUGUACAUAAAGGUGUGUAGUGAUCCAGUUUGAGGAGCAUUUGACAGUUGGAGCUACUGUAUCUGGGACAUGGAGGCUGUUUGUCAGAACCAGACUGAAGUUUUUUCUGUAAAUUGCCGGAGGUGCUGUUCGCUGUCCAAGGAUUCAGAGGGAGCCUGUGAGAUACAGGUAGAGCCAGAACAAGAGGAACUGGAUUGGGAUAAUUUUAGUACAUCCAUACAACAUCGCCAGGAGCAGGAGGCACUGCAGCAGGCCGAGCAGCGCUGUGCACAGUUGGUCCAGGCCAGGCGUGAGCUGGAGGCUCAGGUGGUUCAGCUUGAAUUGCGUGUAGAGCAGGAGGAAGACGCUAACGCUCAGCUCGCCUCGCAGCGUCACACACUCCAGGCAGAGUGCAGAAGCCUGCAUCAAGACCUAGAGGAGCUGGAGAGCGCGCUCAGUGCGGUGGAGAAGGACAAACAGAAAACCAUCGAAGACCUACAGUUUGAGGAGGAGAAGGUGAAUCUCUUGACUAAAGAGAAAGCAAAGUUCCAGGUACACAUCGAGGAGUUGGAGUACCAGCUGGAACAAGAGAGGAAGCAGCGCACUGAGCUGGAAAGGAGCAGGAGGAAGUUAGAGGGAGACAGUAAGAACACCAUGGAGAACCUCAGCGAGCUGGGCAAGAUGAGGGCCAACCUAGAGGAGCUCAUCAAAAAGAGAGAUGUGGAGAUUAGUGACACCAGCAGCCGACUGGAGGCCGAGGAGGCACUGAGUGCAGGGCUCCAGAAGAAGAAUAAGGAGUUGCAGGUUCGCAUUGAGGAACUGGAAGAAGAGCUGGAGGCAGAGAGAGCCAUGAGAGUGAAGGUAGAGAAGCAGCGUGCUGACCUUACCCGAGAACUGGAUGAUCUGACAGACCGGCUGGAGGAGGCAGGAGGAGUCACAGCCUCUCAGAUGGAGAUGAAUAAAAAGCGUGAGGUGGAGCUGCAGAGGCUGAGGCGGGAGCUGGAGGAAUCUUCGGCUCAGGCUGAAACGAUGGCGGCGGCUCUGAGGAAGAGGCACGGAGACUCGCUGGCUGAGCUGAGCGAGCAGUGUGAGGGCCUGCAGAGGACUCGUGCCAAACUAGAGAAAGAGAAACAGAAUCUGCUGCUGGAGGUGGACGACCUGGCAGUUUCACUGGACACCAUGCAGAAGGCCAAGGCAUCCACUGACAUGCAGCUGAAGAAACUGGAGGACUUGCUGUCUGAAGCCAGUUUGAGGAACGAAGACCUGCAGAAAGCUUUCACUGAGGUCACUGUGGCCAAGAACAGACUGAUAGCUGAUAAUAAUGAGCUGAGCAGACAGACAGAGGAGACAGAGACAAAACUCAGCCAGACGAGCCGCUCUAGAAGCCUGCUGAUGGCACAGCAUGAGGAGCUCAAGAAACAGUACGAUGAAGAGGUCAAGAGUAAAGUGGCAUUGAGCAGCAGUUUGGUAACAGCGCGACAGGAGUGUGAGUCACUGAAGGAGCAGCUGGAGGAAGAACAGGAGAGCAAACUGGAGCUGCAGCGCCUCGUCUCCAAGCUCAACAGCGACGUCACACACUGGAGAAGUCGCCACGAGGCCGACUCUAUCCAACACACCGAUGAACUAGAGGAGGCCAAGAAAAAGCUGCAGGCUCGGCUGCAGGAGGCUGAGGAAGCCGUAGAGGCCACGCAGUCCAAGUGCUCCAGCUUGGAAAAAACCAAACAGAGGCUGCAGGCGGAGGUGGAGGAACUCUGUUUGGACCUGGAAAAGGCCAACAAUGCUGCUGCGGUCCUGGAUAAGAAGCAGCGAAUGCUGGAUAAGCAGCUGGGAGACUGGAGGCAGAAGUGUGAGGAACUGCUGGCUGAGGUGGAAAGCUGUCAGAAAGAGAGCAGACAGCAUGCCGCCGAGCUCUUCAAGCUGAAAACAGCCUACGAGGAGUCUGUGGAACAAAACGAGGCUCUACGCAGGGAAAACAAGGCCUUCCAAGAGGAAAUUGCUGAUCUCACUGACCAACUUUCGGAUGGAGGGAAGAGCGUUCACGAGCUCCAGAAAAUGAAAAAAAAGAUUGAGAUGGAAAAAGAAGAACUGCAGGCUUCACUGGAGGAGUCUGAGGCAGCAUUGGAGGCUGAGGAGACUAAAGUACUUCGGUUGCAGCUGGAGCUUUCUCAAGCAAAAGCAGACACUGAGCGCCGGCUGCAGGAAAAGGAGGAGGAGAUGGAGGCUGCCAGGAAAAUCCACCAGAGGGCGCUAGAGUCUCUGCAGGCCAGUUUGGAUGUGGAGGUGAAGGGACGGACAGAGGCAGCACGUCUGAAGAAGAAGAUGGAGAGCGAUAUAAAUGAGCUGGAGUUACAGGUGGACCUGCUCAACAAGAACAAUGCAGAGCUGAUGAAAACUGCCAAAAAGACACAGCAACAGAUCAAGGACCUGCAGGUUCAGCUGGAAGACGAAACACGGCUGCAGGAAGAACUGAGAGAGGAACAGGCCCUGCUGGAGCGACGCUGCACUCUGCUGGUCACCGAGGGAGAGGAGAGUCGUACCGGACUCGAGGCAGCAGAGCGAGCUCGCAAAACCCUGGAGACUGAGCUCCAAGAGGCCAGGGAGAAAUACAAUGACAUUAACAACCAGUUCCAGUCAGCCUGCAGCGGCAAGCGGAAACUGGAGGUGGAUCUUCAGCAGGUCACCCAGGAGCAUGAGGAGCUGCAGAAUGAACUGAGAGGAGCUAAUGAUAAGAUCAAGAAAGCUCUAUGUGAGACUGCACGAGUAUCCGAGGAGCUUCGUGUGGAGCAGGAGCACAGUAUGCAUUUGGAGCGUGUGAAGAAGGGCUUAGAGGCUCAGCUCAAAGACAUGACUGUCAGACUGGAUGAGGCCGAGCAGCUGGCCAUGAAAGGAGGAAAAAAGAUUAUUCAGAAGCUGGAAGGCAGGGUAAAGGAGUUGGAGCUGGAUUUGGAAACAGAGCAGAAGAAAUACACGGAGACGGUGAAGACGCUGCGGAAGAAUGAACGCCGUCUCAAGGAGCUCCUCUUCCAGUCUGAGGAGGACCAGAAGAACCAGCAAAGAAUGCAGGAGCUGCUGGAACGCCUGCAGAUCAAAAUGAAAACCUAUAAGAGACAAGUGGAGGAGGCGGAGGAGCAGGCCAACGUAAACCUGGCCAAGUACAGAAAGACCGUACACGAGCUGGACGACGCAGAGGAGCGAGCCGACAUAGCCGAAUCUGCUCUCACUAAGAUCAGGACCAAGAAUAGAGGCAGCUUUGGCAAGGGCUACUCAUCAGGUUACAGCACUCCAUAUGCAGGGGUGGUACGAUCCCCAAGCUCCGUGGGCUCAGAAGGCAGAGGGGAGAAGAUCCUCACUGAUGAUGACGAAUCAGUCAGUUCUCUCAUCCCCACUUAUCUCAAUUCUCUGAAAAAACUGAUGAUUGACUAAAACAUUUUACUGGCCACACCUUUAUAUUCUCAGUAUUAUCCUUUUUUUUUUACUUAAAAUACAGUGUGGGCUGUAAAUAAUUGGUCAGUGACAAUUUAGUUGUUUUGGCUGAGAACUUCUGCACACUGGAUCUGAAAUAAAUCACCAACGUGAGCCUUAAAUCAAAACAAACUCCAUCUUAAUUGCCUGUAUCAUUCGGGCAGCUGGGUAUUGUUGCACUAUUAGUUCAUACACAGAAGAGCUAACCAGAUGUGGAGUAGGUCUUUACUUUAAGCCUCAUUUAUUGCCAUUUUGUUUUCUGAACACAAAGACCAAAGAAACAGGACAUCACGAAUCUGAAAUAUCAGAAUAAAUCUAUCAGAGACAAAGCCAAAGCAACCAUAUUGCAUGACUGACCAAUUAUUCGACUGUUUUUUCACCCGAAAACAUCAUUCUGAAAUGGCAAUAAUGUUCUUUUAAGAAUACCACAAUUAAUAGAUAGAAUAUUCAAGAGUAAAAAUUAGAUAAGUUUAAUAAUAAUAAUAAUAAUAAUAAUAACAAUUAUUAUUAUUAUUAUUAUUAUUAUUAUUAUUAUUAUUAUUAUUAUUAUUUUAAAAAAAAGUUAAAGCCACUGAGUAUUUAAAGACAUAUCAUGUAUACCAGCAAAGAGUGCUUUUGGCUUUUGGCAGGUUUACUUACAAUGCAGUUUUUUAAGUAAUGUCAAGAAAUAAAUAGAUUAAUAAGUGAUUUUUUUUAAAGCAAUGAUUCACUGUAUUAAUAAUACUGUAUUUUAAUCCCUUAUAAAUAGAAAACAUUUUUUUCACAAUAAAAUUAGAACUGAAAAUAUUGCUGCUUUCUUUCUAUUAUCAGAAGACAAGACUGUCAUUUUUAAACCUUAACUUUAAUACACUUUAUUUCACAUGUCAAAGGAAGAAAAAAAAAAUCAAUUGAGGAUAUUUUAUUAUUCUUCAUUUACAAUCUUCUACAUACACUUUGUAGUAAACACCAAAACAGAAAAAAAAAGUACAUCGGCAAUCACAGAAACCAUCCUCAAGCUGCUAGAAAUAGAAACAAACAAAAAAAAGAAAGAAAGCCAGAUCUGAUUCAGACAAUAAACCUAAAAACGGUGUUAUUAUUUUCAAUACAAUAUUUGGUAUAAAAACUAGCAUAGUGCAAAAUAAUCUCAAUAUAUUAUCUGUACCUCUUUCAUUUCUACACAUUUCUUACAUAUCUGGAUGUUUGGAGCCUGGCCUCGAUACUGGAUGUUACAAAAGAAAUAAAAUAAAUCUUGUAAGAUCAGAAGGAAGCAAAAAAAAAUAAAAAAUUAAUGAAGCUGUUUGUGGAGCUGUGAGUAGAAUUGUGCCUUAGUAUUCAUUAGGACAAGAAGAUGGUGGCAGUGUUAGCUCAGAGGUUAUGAGGUCAAAUCCCUGGACUGCAAGAGAGACACUAUCUGGCUUUGUUAAGUCACUGUGUGAUUUGACAAAUCAAUACAAUCUAUUAUAAAGAUUUACAAGCUAUUUUGUAGUAUUAGAUAUAUAAAUAUAGCUGGAGAUACUGUACAUGCUGCAAGGUUUCUGGGGUGAAGGUGUCCAGAAAUAAUAUGAAAAACCAUAGGGAAGAAAAAGACGAACAGAAUGAAUCUAGAAAGUAUCUUAUAAUCGCCCCACAGCUGUGCUGAGUAUACGAAAGAGGAAAUGAAAGAGGUUAUGAAAGAGAUUGAAGGUUGUUAUGGGAAUAUAACGUUUAUUACAGUAAACAUAUAUUUACAUCACAUUCAUGAAGGCAGAUUCAGGCCACUGCAUUCUGGUAUUUUCCCCACACCUACAGAAACCAUUCAUGAUUGGUUGGUCUCAAGCGUUAAAUAAAUUUGUAAUAAAGCUGCAGCAUUGGAUUAGGCAGCUCAACACUCUUGCAGGAGAACAUUAGAGCCAGCAUUGCAUUAUAAUAUGCUUUUCAGCUGUUUAAAGUGCUGCUGC